AUGGCCGAUGACCAGCAUGAACUUGUCCAACAUUGUAUUGAUAGUGAGGAAUUUGUGACAAUAAAGUUUUAUGAUCAUUAUUUAUUAUUCCACCAAAAUCUUGUCAAAUAUUCAAAUAAUAAUCAAUUAGAUUUAGAAUUAUCACCUAGUACUAUUCGAAAAAUAUUUGGUUCAAAACCUUUAUCAAUUAAAGAUGGCCAAAAAGUGAAUCAUGUUGAUUCAUCCUAUUACAAUGUAAUUAUAUUUGCUGAUAAAUCAAUUGUAUAUACACGUAAACGAACAUUAUCCGAUGCCGAUAGUGAACUUGAGAAUGCAAAAAGAAGUAAAAUAUUGCCAUAUUAUGUAUAUGAAGAUUUAGAAUUAUUAAGAAGUAUUGGACUGUCCAAAGAUGACAUUGAUUUAUUUAUUACGAAAUUAAACGAAAAUGACAAAACGGAUCUGUUCAAUACAAAUAAAUAUGAUCAAUUCUUUCAAAAGAUAAUCAACUAUACUGAUGUACCAACACGAUUAAAAUGCCGACAAGUUUCGCAUAAAUGGAAAAAUUUUGUUGAUAAUUCAAUUUCAUGGAAUCAUGUUAAGCUAUCGAAAAAUUGUCGAUGCAUCGGUCGAGCUUUGAAAUAUUUUCAAAAUGUUGAUAUACUCGAAUUGGAUCUCUCUGAAUCAGCAUCGGAAUUGUCGACAUUUGAAUUGAGCAGUGAAUUUCAUUUAUAUUCAUUACGAUCACUUUGUAUAUCAACUGAUCAUCCAUUAGAAUUAUUUACAUUGCUAUUCAAAAUAGCCCCGUUCUUACAACAUAUUAAAUUAAUUCAAACUUUUGAUUCAUCAAUAAAAUUGAAAAGUGGCAAUCAACUGCAUGAAUGUAUUAAUUUCGUUAUAUUUCAAUGUCAACAAAGAUUAAAAUGUCUACGCCGUUUACAAAUUCAAGUACGAUCAAUAUCCGAUCAGAUAUUUCUUGAAUCGUCUUCCGUAGCAUCAAUACCCAUUUCCUAUGAAGUUAUUACCUGUUAG